ACGUGUUUGACAUGGCUUGAAAAGUCAACACAGUUUUCACACAAUUUGACGCCAAACAAACAUUUUUCCAAAGUUUUGAUUAAAAUUCAAAUUGCAAAAUGCUACGCCGCAAGUUAAACGUUAGCUGCAUCGUCGAGGGUUGCAAUUCCAGAGCGUACUCCGACCAGCCGGUGUUUGCCUUCCCGCGUGUCCCCGAAACGGCCAAGGCCUGGCGGCGGGCGAUCGGAAUUCAUCCGGAGGCGGAAAUCCUCCCGGACGAGGGCGUCUGCAGUUUGCACUUUGCCGCAAAUUUCGUAAAGAAGGACAAGGAGGAUCCGCGUAUCGUGUGGCUGAUUCCGGGGGCCGUUCCGGAUUUGGGCGGUGGUGGUAACUCGGAGACGCCGGCGACCCCAUAUCAUUGUCGGAUGUGUGGUUCGGCGCAGGAGACAAGGCUCGACAACGCGGUCAGUGUAAUGCGCCGGGACAAGCACAUGCUGCCGGUGUUGGACAUUUGCUUGGAUCUGAACAGCGAAAUCCACUCGCUGCUUCCGGACGGAGUCUGCGAAUCGUGCGCUUCGACGGUUCGCUACAUUACCCAAUUUGCCGAAAGUUGCUGGAAGGCACAGUGCAGUUUGGCCGAGAGUUAUGCUCCGGGCAGGGACUUCAAGGUUGAACCCUGGAAGAGACUUGCUUUCUGUGAGGACGAGCCGCCGGAAAACGAUCCGUUGCAGACGGAGAUGAAACCGGGUGUAGAAGAGGAACAUUCGGAAUCCGAGAUGAUUGAGCUGAUUCCGAUGGAGGAGGUCAAGCAGGAACCUCAGCUGGAGAUGUACGAACCGGAAAUCCCCCAAAAUACAACUAUUGAACCAGAAGAGGCACCACUAGUUGAGCCACUACCGUACGACCCACCCGAACCAAGCGGUAGCAAACCUCCGAGAAAGGCUCGAGAACCACCUGCCAAGCGUCCCCGCCCAUCUGAAGGAUUCGACACCAACGAGAGCGAUUUGUGGGCGUGUGACUUUUGCAACCAGAAAUUCGCCAUCAAAAAGCUCCUGGAUCAACACAUUCGAACGCACGUGCGCCAGCUGGCCGAGCUCGAGAAGAAACGCCAGCUGCAGCUUACCGGACAGUUUCGCUGUCUCAAGUGCCAGACCAUGUUUCCAACGGCGGAAGAACUAAAGGUCCACUUUGCUGCCCAGCACCAGAAGAAGAUCGAGUGCAAGCUGUGCAACGUUACGUUCAACUUCGCCGGCUUAUUGGAUAGACACAACGCUCAGAUGCAUCCGGAACUAGUUAAGACAAAGAGAAAGUACUGAAACAAUGGUUUUCCGACGCUGGAAUUCGAUCCGAUUUGUAUUUAUGAUUAACUUAUUCAAAUAAAUUUCCUCCAAACUAAAUCAAGGUCUGAUCUUGGCA